UAUUUCCAGGAAGAGUCAACAUGAGAUCAGAGUCCCCGCACCAACGAGGCCUGUUCAAGUGGACUUCCUCCGCUGAUGCCACUGGGAAGCCAGCGGGAGGCCGCAAGCUCAAGCUUCCCAAAUUCCCCAAAUUAUUGAAAAACGUUGUGCAAAAUGCCACUGCCGUUCCUGAUGGACGCCCAGCCCCCGCACCCGCACCCGCACCCGCACCUGCACCUGCACCUGAAGACGUCCAGCCUGUGACAGUGGCGCUCACCUUUGAGCAACACCUUGGAGAACGCCACCUGAGCGAGGCCGGACAGCUUCUACUCAACAGAGAGAAUCGUCUCUUUGCGAACCGGGUUGAAAACGAGGCCGCCUUGGGACGCUGGAAGGAGGACGUUGAUGCUCUGGCGGCAGACCUCAGAGCCCUGGAGGACGCCGUGCGGCAGACCCUGAGAGACUCCCUCAGCCCGGACCAAGCUGAGGCUCUGAAGUCGGCCGUGGUCUUCAUGCAGCAGGAGGACAAGCAGGACCUGCUGUGGGAGAGCAGAGGUGGCACAUCGCCCCCUUGGAGGCUCAGCAACUGGAGAGAAGUGCAGGAGAAAACGCUGCGCGGCCUGGUGGAGGAGCGCAUGGACGCGCCGGAGAUGCCCGCCGAGAGCCCGGCGGGACAGUCGUCCAUCCAGGCGGACGUGCACGCCAUGGGCCGGCAGAUGAGGCGGGACCUCCUGCUGGUGGUGCAGCAGGUGAAGAAGUGCUACCCUGAGGGGGACGACAUCUGCCAGCUGUACGCCAACCUCUACCACCAGACCAUCAGCGCCAGGCUCAGGAAGGUGGCCGACUUCGGUCUAGACGACCAGGACUGCACCUUCCUGCUGCGCUGGGUCAACGAGUACUACCCACAACUGCUUGAAGAACCGCAGCUGACUGCCGACAUCAACACCGAGGUUCUUCGAGAACUUCUACCUGAAGACUUGCUGUUGCCUCUGGAGGAGCAGUACCUCAGCAGACAACAGAGGGAGCUGACCACGUACAUUGGCCGCAUCCUGCACGAGGCCCAGGAGGCUUGGGCGAAGGGGGAGGAGCCCCCCAGAGAAGACGGCUGCCACGUCAGUCCUGUGGCCUACGACCUCAUCCAGCUGGUUAACGGCAUGGUGACGGCGGCAGAGAAGGUGGUGGGAGACCUGCAGAAGGCGCAGAGCCUGACCUGCCCACUGCAAGAUUGGCUGCGCAGGUUCCGAGCGUUCCAGGUGGACGUCAUCAAGCGCAACAAGACAAACAGCGUGGCCUUCGUCAAAGCCAACCUGGGCUGCGUGGCUCUGUUCAGGGACUUCCUGGUGAAGAAGAGCUGUUUGUUCCCGGAAGACGUUCGGGAAAGUUGUCAGAGUGUUUUAGGUGACAUCAAGCAAUGCUCACACGAGUACUUGCUGAGCACCGUUCACAAGAACCUAAAGCCUCACUACCGUAAACUUGGAACCAUCGACUGGUUGAAGAAGUCGCCCUUUGACGGCCUGCGUGACUGCCUGGACGGGGAGAUGACACUUCUUCAGGGUACACCAGACUCAUGUCACAAGGAGCUGAUCGGUCAGCUUCACCAGGAGGUGGCGCUGGAGUAUGUGCGGCGGCUCCUGAAAGGAGAGCUGAAACUGAAAGACAAGAAGCGGCAACAUCAGGCCUGCCUCGCCUUGGAGGAGAACGCCGAGAGUCUACACGACGUGUUCAUCAAACAUGGCUCCGAGGAGGCGUGGCUUAAGGAGGUCCUCAGCAUGAUCGCGGGAGUGCUGAAAUGUCAGGAUAUCCCUGCCAUCCAGAUGCAAGUGGCCCUGCUGGGAACUACCUGUGCUGACCUCAGUGAAAAACACGUGAUGUCUCUGCUAAAGCUCAAGAACAACCUCACCAAGGAGGACAGGAACAGCGUCCUAGCGAUUAUGUCUGAGAUCCACAACGAUACCGCCGAAUCUCGGCCUUUUUUCUCCCGACUUUAGGUCAAAUAGUGGGCGAGCGUGUGAGAUAGUGAGUCAUAUGGUGUGAGUGGGUCUUUUAUUUUGUACAAUUCAGUUUCUAUUUAUGUUGCAGAUGUUACGUCAAUAAAGACAAGUGACGAUAAAA